AAAUACCAAAUCUAUGGCCUAGCACAAUGCAGAGGAGACGUGAGCAAAGACGACUGCUCGGUUUGCAUCCAAGACGCACUGGAGAAUAUACGUGAUCAUUGUGCAAACCGGGCAGAUGCCAGGAUUUGGUAUGACUACUGCUUUUUAAGGUAUAGCACCGUGAAAUUCUUUGGACACGUGGACACUUCUGGCUUAUACUUAUACAACGUAGAAAACGUUACGGACCCAGAUGUUUUUAACCAGAAACUAGGAGAUUUAAUGGACCAGAUUAGCUCAGAAGCUGUCAAGCCUGGAAGCAAAGGGCUGGGGAAAGGAAAGACUGACAUCUCGUCGUUUGUCAGGCUUUACGCUUUGGUGCAGUGCACUAGAGAUCUUUCAGAGUUGAAUUGUGCUCAGUGUAUUGCUAUUGCAAUCGAAAAAUUUCCCACAAUUUGCGGUAAUAAGAAAGGAUGUCGAGUUCUAUACAGCAGUUGCUACGUUAGAUAUGAACUCUAUCCGUUUUUCUUUCCUCUUGGUUCACACGAGUCCUUGGUUGAUAGCCUCGUGAGCUAUAAGUCAGUCAUGGCCUUAAAACCUUGAUGUGUUUCAAGAAAGUGUACUUGUAUUAAAUACUGUUCAUUUUCAGUUGAUGUGUAUAUGUACAUGUAUACAUGUCGAUCCCGUCCAGGGAUUACUUGUCACAGAUAAUGAAUAUACAUUUGGUAUGUUCUGCUCAAACUUUAAUAAAACAUCUGCUGGAAAUGGGACGUUUUCGUUGUCA